CCAAAAUAUUAUUUAUUGUUUUCUUGAAUAUUUCAUCAUCAGAUUUUGCAUCUCGUCCCAACUUUAAUCAUGGCCGCUGCAUUAAGUGGGACUUGAUGUGAAUUUCGUUUUAUUUGUUCUGAUUUUCAGCCACGUUUUUUUUUUUUCGGCCAUUUCCUAAAAACGGAACAAUAGGCUUCUGCGAGGCUUGCAUCUACUGUGGGUUUACGUUUGUGACAUGGCAGCAUUGGGGUUAACUGUCUCCUCCCUCUUUGCUGGCCAGAUGCUGACGAGCUCAGGUGAUAGUUCAUCGUGCAUACUCAGUGCAGACCCCCUGAUUGUCGAAGCAUCACACAAAUGUGGGUGGGGUCGCUUUGAUGCGCAACCAGACAGCAAUGUAUACACUCCACAGCAAGCCCCCAAAGUGUGAAACUUGAACAAGAGCAAACAUCCUGCAGGAGGAGGCAGAGAGGGAGGCGUGUGGGUGCUUCUCCCGUAAGUCUCUUGCAAAGAUUAGAUCUGCUCAUCGGAAUUGCAUAACGCGAGAGUAAUCCUGACUGGACAAAAAACGAAGAGGGUUCGAGUCGUGAGUAGGACGUUUAUUUACGUGUUUAUCCCCGAUUUCCUUCCCCUUUAGCAUAUUUUCUCUGGUCAGCUUCCUAGAAUCGAACAUUAUGGCAUGGCCGUGCAUUACGCGUGCUUGCUGCAUCAAUCGCUUUUGGUCCGAGCUGGAUAAAGCAGACAUCGCGGUGCCUUUGGUUUUCGCCAGAUACUCCGACGUGGCCGACGUACCGCAUGUGCCCCAUCACCCGCAGCCGAAACUGAAGAAGGCCGGUGCCAUUGCCAUAGAAACCCAGCCCCAUCCCGGCGAGCAGGAGGCUGGGAAGGCACCGCCCGCGACGGGUGCCGCAGCGGGCAAAGAUGGCUCUACUGCGUCCGUCAUGCGCCAAGACUUCAAGGCGUGGAGAGUGCGCCCCGAGGCCAGCUGCAAGCCCAGAAACGAGUACCAGCCAUCGCCGGCCCCUUUCAACAACGAAACUCAGUAUCAGAAGGAUUACAAGCCUUGGCCUAUACCGAAGAAGCACGACCACCCAUGGAUCCCCAAAUCGAGCCCCACCACCGGCGGUCCGGAAAGGAGCGCAGGAAGCGGUAAGCAGGAGCAGGUGGCCGCCGAGGUCGAGAGCGGGGUGGAGAAGAGCGAGAUUGAGGAGAAGACGCAGGAGAAGGAGUCACAGGAGGUGGUCAAGAGAAGCGUGAAGAGGGAAAAGUCAUCGGAGAGGAAAACAGGUGAGAAGACGGAGGGACAGGUGGCUGCAGAUGUGAGCGCGGAGCAGAGGAAAGGCAGAGCGGCUGCAGACGCUCUGAACAGGCAGAUAAAGGAGGUUAUGUCGACUUCUAGCAGCUACAGGACUGAGUUCAAGGCUUAUAAGGAUGUGAAGCCAGUGAAGCCCAUCAAAGCUCCAUCCCAGUAUAAACCCCCUGGGGAGGAGACCAGUCUGGAAACCAGCUAUAGUGCCACAUUCAAGGGGGAGCAGGUGAAGGCUCACCCAACGGACAACAAGCUGCUGGAGCGCAGGAGGAUACGCAGCCUGUAUAGCGAACCCAGCAAGGAGCCUGCCAAGGUGGAUAAACCAGUUUCCCGCACCAAACCAAAAAAGUCAUCAUCAACACCAACAACAACAGGGAGGAUGCAGAAAAAAGCUAAAGAGAAGCAGAUUUCUAGUUCCCAGUCAGCCAAGAAGAAACCUUCUUUGGGCGCCUCAGAACCCAAACCAGGCGGAGCCGUCACAAAGAAGAGCAAAGAGAUCAGCAACAGACUGGCAGAGGCGGGCAAACAGUAAAAACAAGCUAACGUGGUCACAUGAAGCGAAUCUCUUCCCUUUGGUUUAUUUCCUUACCUGUUGUUUUUGCUGUCCGGUCAUAUAUAGUUUGAAUGGGCACCAAUGUUGAGCUUUUAGAAUAAUGCAAAUAAUUUCACGGCAAACUAUGCGUGUGUGAAUGUGUGAAAAGUACGUGAAUGUAUUCUGGCGCACAGAACUGCUUUCUAUUAUCGAGCACAUAAUUUUGCACAUUGUUUCUAUGAGUUCUGUUUCGACAGCAAACCUUAAAAAGGAGCCAUCGGUACACAUGUAGUGUGUGUAUGAAAGGGAAUUUUUACCUUUGUCUGAAUGGAUGAUGAAUUCAGUGUUAAAAUGAUUGUAAACAAAAAGAAAAAGGUCAAAGAGAGGCUUUUUUUGUUUUUCUGUAUCACAUGAAAGGAUUUUUGUGAAAAGUGAAUAAUCUGUUUCACAGUGAAUUACAGUGCCUCCGCUGUAUGGUCCUGGUUUUCAUUUCAUUGUUCUGAAUGAUAUCUGCUGAGAUAGAAAGUGAACUGUAAUAUAAUUACUACAGCUUGCAUGCAAGACCCUGUUUUCGGUUCAUUAGCUGACUGUCUGUCACAGUCACAUCCUAGCUUGUAAAUUGAGCUUUCAAAGAUAAAUGUAUAGGGUUAAAUCCUUCUCAAACAUAAUGCAUGAGUAGAAAUAGAUUCUGAUCACACCAAAAAGGUACAUACAGUGAGUAAAAUCAUAGUCUAGUGGCUAUUAAAUCUGUAAAAUAAACACACCAGCAAUAUGGUUUCACCCACAAGCAAUCUAAAUGGAGAUCCACUCCCUUGAUUUAAUAAGAAAACCAUAGUUUUCACGAUGACUCAGUACUUUGUGGCAUUGUACUCCACCCUCCCCUCUGAGCUGUGACGCUGUAGUUGUGCUAAAUAAUUUAAAAAAAGAAAAGAAAAGACAAAUAGGCCUAAAAAAGAGAGAGAGAGAGAGAACUAGUUAGAUUUGCUCAACAUUUUUCACUCUGAAUGCGCUGAUGUGUUGAAGGACAAGGAAUGGGCCAGGACUCUUUAAACUGCUGCUGUCUGAAAAUCUAAAACUCGCAUGAGUUCUUCGUGACAUGAGGUGUUCUACCUCAAAAAGUCAUCACAGCCCAGCCUUCCCUCUCUGGUUGUAAACACAGACGUAUACCGUGAUACCCUCAGUGGCCGACACGGCCGCAGUGUGUGAGGGCCCAGUCUAGCACUAGCCACUGUGGGUCUGCUUCCAGUUUUAGCUUCUGUGUGUGUGAGUGCGUGAGUGAUAACUGAGUGAAAGUUUUUUUGUGUGUGUGUGUGUGUUUGACCUCUUCAGCCUGCUGCCUGCUAAGCAUCAAGUCUGACCCAACCACUACAAGUGCUGCUAUGCACUCCGACACUCUGGUGCUAUAUCUCUCAUCUUAUAUGCUGUCUGGUUUGGACUGCGCGUGGCGUCAGACCAGAGUGAAGUGAUGAUAUGACAUGCGUAUGUCAUACUGCUGUUGUGAUAUUGUGCUUGUAUUCUCAGCUUGCUUUGAAUGAACUGAUUAAAGUGAUGCAGA